AUGGCUGAAUAUAAAAUAAUUGUCGUAGGUUCAGGAGGUGUUGGUAAAAGCGCUCUCACUAUCCAAUAUAUUCAACAAACCUUUGUCGAAAGAUAUGAUCCAACCAUAGAGGACUCUUACCGAAAACAAGUUGAAGUUGAUGGUUCAGCUGUUAUGCUAGAUAUUUUGGAUACUGCAGGACAAGAAGAAUAUCACUCACUUGCUGGUGAAUAUAUGGGAAAGGGACAUGGCUUUGUGAUUGUGUACAGUAUUACAGAUGUUCAAACAUUCGAAGAUACUCCAAAGUAUUAUGAGGAAAUCCUUAAAGCAAAGGCUGCCGAAGAAGGGGAAAAGGUACCAAUCAUCCUUGUUGGUAACAAGCUCGAUUUGGAAGAAGAAAGAGCAGUUUCAAAGGAAGAAGGUGAAGAACAAGCUAAGAAGUUUGGAGAUUUCUGUAAAUGUAUUGAAACAUCAGCUAAAACAAGAGAAAAUGUGGAUAACGUUUUCGAAGAAUUGGUUCGUAUGAUCAACACAGUUGAAGGAGUUGAAGAGGAAGAUCAUCACGUUGAAGCUCAACAAGCUAACCAACCAACUGGAGAUCAACAAGAAACCAAAGCUUCCACAACUCCAAAGCCAAAACCUAAGAAGAAAAAGUGUAUCAUCUUGUAG